AUGGCUAAAGGCAGCCUGGCCAAGGAGCUGGCGCAAGGCUUCGAAGCUCUUCGGCGCGAGACCAAAGAGCUAAACAAAGUUCUUGUUAACUCAAUUGCCAAGUCUGUCGAGGAAGAACGAAAGAGGCCAUUUGUACUUGUUAUUAUCGAUCCAGCAAGGCACCAGUUUCGCAAGGAGCUAGUUAAUGGAAAUUUGACGGGUGGAUUGAAUGCAGCAAGUCUUCUAUUCAAAGCUGUCAGCGACGAGCUCGAAGCCAAUCACCACGAGAUUUCAAACACUCACUACGACCUAGUGGUACGGCUAUUUGUUUGUCUAGCAGAUAUCGUUGGCGAUGCUUCUACUCCAGAGCAUAGAAGUGCCCAGUCUAUAUUCAUCAAAGGCUUUACCAAAGCGAGUGUGUUUCAUGAUUGGGUGAUUACCGGAGCUGCAAUUUCAGUACCUGGAAAGGUCUGUGAGAACCUCCACCUGUACAUGGGCAAUGAUGAGUGCAAACAUGUCUUCUUUGCCGCGUCCGGAGCGCCUAAAUAUGCUGAGGCCCUGUCACGUUAUCGAAAGGCAACUCAUAAGUUGACAAUCGUGAAUGGUCUUAAUACUAGUGCUGUUGUUCAGAAGCAGGGAGUGCGCAUCGUGUCGUUUCCCCAAGUGUUCGCAUCACGACCAGACGCACCCGCUCCAAUGUACAGCAAGCCGCAGAGUAUCAAAACCGUAAACUCUACCCAGGUUAACACUGCAAAUGCGCCGGUCAUUCACAAGACUGCAGUAGCAGUAACUAAUGAUUCUGUUGCCAUUCACGACUCACGACACAAUAAUCCGGCCGUACCUUCCUUCCUUCAUCUUCCCAAGUAUCCCAUCGAGGGCCGAGUACCCAUAAACCUUGCCAAGCAUCGCCUCGACGUCCUGUUCCAGCUCCCGACCCCAGAAGAUCUCCAAUCUUACAAGGAAUGCAUGCGGAUUCAGGAGCCCUGCAUCGAAUUUCACCUGCAAGGAAAGUGUAAUAUUACAGAGUGCAAGCUGUCCCACGGCGUCAUUACGUCGGGUACAUAUUCUAUCUUGGCUUGCAAGGCUCUUGGAAAGCCAUGCAGCAAGGGAGGUCAGUGCCGUGCCGGGAACUGUUUCAACGCCCAUUUCUGUCAGCAGGAACAUUGCGCUGAAGCUGGUGGGAGAGUGAGGGGCUGCGGUCUUCCGGACGCUAUGCAUAACAUUGAUCCGCGUGUUGCUCAAUGGGUACCGAUGGAUGUGUCAGAGUAA